AUGCCUCCCCAUCAAGAUCUGUCAACCAAUGUCACACCGCCAACUAUCCACGAGCAACUCUCCACACUCAUUGCUAUUUCCACUGCUAAUCUCCAUCGUCUUGAUGCAAUUAUCUCACAAAUGGCCACUGUCAACACCUUCAUGGGCAUUCAAACCGGAACCAUGGCCAAACUCAUCCCGCCUCCACCUCCGCUUCAACCACCGAAUCAACAACCAAUGCCGCCGCUGCCGACAUCCACACCGUCACUGCCGCCGCCACAACAGUCGUUAUUGCCACCGCCGCCUCUAAAACCAUUGGAAUUGCCCAUGUCAACAACCGAACAACAAUUCCUACCACCGAUGAUGCCACCCCCGAAAACUACCUACAUAAAACUACAGAAAACAAUUCCGGCCAACAAAAACUAUCAAGGACGGUUCCAAACAAACGCACCGGGCCUCAAGAACGGGGUCCUUUUUAAGCGGAGACAAACGGAUACGGAUCUCUGGUCAUACCUAAGGCCGCCUCCAUGGCCAGAUCCUUCCGUCCACGAGUACAACCCGAUUGUUAUCCGAAAUCGGCAUGAAUCGGCCUUGAGGACAAGACCAUUUUUCAGAGGCGGAGUAUUGAUACAAUACAGUUUAGUUAUUGACAUAUUCUCUUGCCAUGCUGUUAAGUUGCUUUCAAGUUAUUCCUUAUUUUAUGUUCCAGUAAAGCACCACCAGUAG